AUGUCUUUUCCGUUAGAACUUGACACUACACAGCUUAUUAUAGCCUUAGACUCCAUAUCACAUCGAUUAUCUUCUCCAUAUCUAAGCAGAAGAAAUCUAAUAGAUCUCAGCCAGGUAGACAUAGCUGAAGAACUAAAAUAUACAAUCCAAGAGCUUAUAGAUCGUGAAAAAGAGUUUUUAGCCUGCAUAGGUAUUGCCAAAGAACUUAUCAAAAGCAAUGAAAAUCUUAAAGCACAAAUAAAUCAAAUAGUCGAGAAAAAACGAAAAUAUAAGUGUCUUAACAGCCAACUUUAUAUAGAGAUCGAACGGUAUAAGUCUGAAAUUCACAGUUAUGAAGAAAAAUAUACCCAAGCCAACAACGCACUUCAGAGUUGUGAAGAAGAAUUGCUAGUUCUUACUGCUGAGAAUUCACAAGUUUUAGUUGAAAGUGAAAAACUUAAAAAAUUGCCUGAUUUUCUAACUCUCUGAAAGGAAUUAAAUUUUCACCAAUAAAUAUUUUAAAUUUUACUAUGAAUAGUGAAUAUAAUCUCUAAUUUUAAAGCAUAAUUUAUUAAUUUAAUCUAAAUUUCAACUAAGUUUAUUUAAAUAAAGCAAAUUGAUCAGAAAGCCAAUAAAAAAAUUUAUAAAUAUUAUAUAAAAUAAAUUAUCAACGAAAACUCAUCGUGUCUAAGUAAGAAAAUUAAUAGUUGACUAUGAAAAUCGGAUCGAAACGCAAAAGGAAAUUUUAAUCAAACAAAUAAGCUCAAUAGAAGAAUCCAAGCUUGAAAAAGAGAAAACUUAUAAGAAAAAGAUAAGAGAUAUGGAGGAGCAAAUGCAUAUGCUGAAAACACAACAAACAAUAGCAAAGAGCAUUGAGCAAAAAUAUCUAAAAUCAAUAGAGCAAAUUAAUUUUCUUGAAAAAGAAUUAGAGGAUACAAAAAAUAAUUAUAAAAAAUACUCAAAAGUCAACAAUGAAUUAAUAAAAAGUGUAGAGUUACUCAAAGUAAAAAAUGAAAAAUUGCAAGAAGAGCUUGAAGUCAAUAAAAAUACUUGCCCAGUUACUAAGCAGGAUUGAAAUAAAGAAACUAGUCUAUUUAAUGAGAUACAAUAUUUAGAUGAACAAGAAAACCUUUGAACUGAUGUUUCCGACGAAGAAAACAACCAUUCUCCAAGCCUCUCCAAAAAUGCCUUACUCCCCCUCCGUGAGUGAACAAAAAAAUUAGAAAAAUCGCUACUUUUUGCCCAAAAAACCCACCCUCGUGAGUGAAAAACAUUUUGAUAUAUAAGUGAUAAUUAUUAUUACGAAAUUUAUAGCUAAUUCUGUUUAAUUUAAAACAAAUUGCGUUUUAAAACAUAAAUUUUAUAAAUUGAAUUAAUAUUUGUUUCCAAUUUUUUUGCGAAUUAGUUUCUUUUUUUAAAAUUUCGAGAAAAAAAAAUUAACUCCCCCUCCGUGAACGAACAAGAUUUUUUUGUUCACUCACGGAGGGGGGAGUUAAGAGAUUCUACAAACUCAUUUCUUUUAUGCUCUCCAAUUAUAUCGAAAACAAGAAGAAGCUAUUCCCUUAGGUAUUCUAAUGAUAAUUUUUCCUGAACAAGCUGUAAAAAGCCUCGAUAUUUAGCAAAUCCAAUAAGAAAAGACCCCGGAGAAGAGUAUUUUAUUCUAGCAACACAAGCUAUAAAAAUGAACUUGCCGUUUAUGCAUGAAAUCUGUAGGUUUCCUGCAAAUGAAUUAUAUAAGAAAGCAGUUGCUGAAGACGUUCCGUUUAAUAAAUGACACACUUGGAUCGAAAAUCAAUUAACGCUAGCGUAUUACAAAAUUGUACAAAGUAAUAUUAAAUAA